AUGCUGCAAGAUGUGGCGUCUCCCGAAAAGUGGAGGACCUUCUUCCACCAAUGUUUAGCGCAUCGAGUAGAUGUCGACGAGUUCAAAGACUUGUCCAAAUUGAUGCUCAUCCGCUCUCCUGUCAAAGAGGAUGAGCUACUGGACAUGCUUCUGGAGGCGCGUGGCGCGUCCACUAUCACCUGGGAUCCACUCCUGCCGGUUUAUGUCGAUGGGCUUUGCAAGGCCGGCCAGGUGAAGUCGUCUUCGGCACUGACGAGUGUGUUGAAGCAUUCGUCGAUUCGGGAUCAAAAUCAGAGGAAUAACAUUUCUUCGCUGAUGACUGAUAUUAAGGUUAUCCAGGAUGUUAUGCUUUCUAUUUCUGCGGGGGCUAUUCCGCGGUCUGUUAAUGAGGCUGCGGAGCUCUAUGCUGCGACUGUGGAGUGGAUUUUUGCUGUUGUUUCUUCGCAUAAAGACAGUUUGGACUCGCCGGAGCAUGAGGGUUUGAUGAGUUCGCCUGAUGCGGUGUCGUUGAUUGAAUCGCUUGGGAUUCUCCUCGCUGCAUUGUCGGGUACUGCCAAGGGCGUGGAGACGCUUUCCAGCGAUUCCCAGAAAGGGGUUCUGAAGGGGUUGAAACAGAAGCUGGGUCUGGCGCUCUCCGCCUAUAUUCCUCUUUGUGUGGACGUCUCGUUGCCUCUUCGCCAGCGGCUGGAUGCUCUUCAGAAAGAAUUCAAUUUAUAUGGAGAGCAACCUUCCAAGGCGUUGGAUCAUUCCGCUAUCGAGGGCUUGAAUGUCAAUGCUCUUCAAUUCGAGGCGUCUGUGAUGGAUGGCCCGAUCAUUAACACUAGAGCUGGCAUCUAUGUGUAUUUGAACUCCAUGCUCGCUGGGCGGCCUUUGGUCGAUGACUCUAUACUCAUCAAUUAUCUCACAAAUCGAUAUGAAGGCCACCAAGAAGUUCUUGUGGAGGACAUCAUCACAGCUGCCUUUGAUGUUUUGUCUAAUGGCGUCUACCGCAAUGAAUCCAGUCGAACCAUGUUCUUAUUCCGCUCGUUCUUGGUCAACAAGCUUCCCGCAUUUUUUGCAGCCAUGACGGCUGCGGCCAUGGUUCCGAUCAAUGUGGAGAUGUGUGUGAGCCAGGCACUGAAUCGGCUAGAUCCCAACCUGUUCCCAUCCUUCUCCCAGAUGUUUUCGAUGCAAGGCAACAGCAUCCUUUCGGAUGCUCGCACGGAGUUUCUCUUUGCCUGUGCAUCUCACAGGCUGAUUCCUGAGUCCAGCAUUGAGCGACUUCUUGGAGAGAAUCCAAUGCAGACUCUCCCUGUCGGAGGUCCGUACCAAAAGGACGAUCUGAUCUCCCAAAUCAACAGUCACCCUGACCGCGCUGAUCAAUUGAUUGGUGAGAUCGAGUCGAUGGAGGGAAAUGCGGGUGCCAUUGUUGGUGCGAUUACUGAGGUCAUGUACACGCUUUGCCACGGCAGAGAAACGAUCGCGCUGAAGGGCAUAUGCAAUGCUCUUUCUCGACGCCCACAGGCCCUAGACGUUGUUUUAUUAUUCAGAACCACGAAGCAGAUCUUACAGCCUCUUUGUGCCCUUCUCGAUACCUGGCGAUGGGAUGAGGAACAAAGUGAGAACCAACCGGUUUACGAUGAAUUUGGCAGUAUUCUUUUACUGGUGCUUGCCUUCAAAUACCGCUACGACCUGAGCCCAUCCGACCUUGGCAUCUCAAGUAGCAGUUCUUUCUUGCUAACCCUUCUGGAUCGAGGGUCUUGCAGUCAGAAGCUCACAGAGCUCAGUGAAAAGCAGAACACGGAUAUGGGUGCAUGGGUUGCUGCUCUAUUUAUUGCUGAGGGUAUUAGUGAGGAGACUAUGGCAUCCUGCAGUCCACAAGAGUUCUACCUUCUUGUGGCGACAUUGUUUGAUCAAAGUCUUGGAGCAUGCGAGUCGGGCAAAAUGGAUUUCGAUACAUUGAAGGGGGGUCUUGAAUAUCUGCUUGAGCCCUUCUUGUUACCCUCCCUGGUGCUCGCCUUGACUUGGCUCGGCAAUCAUAUCUGGGAGUCGGAAACUGACCCCACAAUCCCUUUGAGAACUUUAUACUCUUUGGUGAAGCCAACGUCCAUCUCCGGUGAAGCCCAAGCCAUCCACCAGACUGUUCUCAGCAUUACUGCCCGCCCUCUCGAAGAGCGCCUAAAAGAUGUCCGGACCCGACACCAGUCUCGCUCUGACAUCAAGCCAAUACUGGACGCGCUUGACCCAUAUCUCUCCUUCCGCCGAGUAGGUGCUUGCCACCGCUCAGAGCUUGACAGCUGGUCUGCACAGACAGCCGGUGGUCUACCAGGAAGUAUCCGCAAUACCUUACAGUCGCUGGUAAUGUGGAGCACAAACUCAGUGAUCACCAUGGCGCCACAGUCCUACUCGCACCGCCAAAUUCUCGCCGGAAUCCGAAUUCUCGGCGCCUCACGCGUUCUCGAAGCCCUACUAGACGAACUGAAGCAGCAAACUGAGACCGGCAGUGGGGACCUGGCCCUCGAUAUUGUCGCAACAAUCACCUGUGCACCAAUGCCCGAGUCGUUCGCCGUGGAUCAGAACAGCUGCCACCCCGUCGAUCCUUCCAAGGAAGCGCUACCUCGUUGCCAGAUCCUAACAUUGCGCGACGCCCUCGCGAUCCAGCAUGAGAACGUUCCCAAGAUCUCGGAGAAAGAUCCCCUCCGCGCAGAGAUCAUUGUCCGUCUCUGGCGCCGCGUCAGUUUGUUAACUACGCCUCCAACCCAGGUAUCGAAUAUCGAUGUCAGCAAUAUCAUUCACAACAUGGAUCUCGGCGUCGAUGGCUCAGAUCGCAUGGAUCUCGAACCCCCCGCUGGUGUCGGUGGCGAUGAAGACCAGGAUAAUAUCAACCAGAUGCUCGACAAAGCAGCUGCCGCUGCUGCGGCAGGAAUGGAUAGUGGCAUGGGCCAGGAUAUGGGCUUGGAUGCAGAUACAGGCAUGGAUAUCAUCAACGAUGUACUCAACGCUGCAGAUAUGGCGGUUGGUAAUCCCGAGUUCCUAGAUCUGGACAUGGAAGGGAUGUUUUAA